CACGAAAGUUUCCCAAAAGUUCUCCCAAGGACAAAGGGGAGGGGGGGAGGUAGCCGUAGAGGCGAAGCAAUCUGAUUCAUUACGUCUCCCACCAGAACGUUCAUAUCUCAAUCAAUCCAAUCGAAAGCCAGGGCGAAGGAGGAGAAGAAGAAGAGGCAGAGGAGGCAGAGAUGGCAGUGCUGUCCAACAGGAUCGAGAGGGACCAACUCAAGCCUGGGGAUCACAUCUACUCCUGGCGUUUCUGUUACCUCUAUGCCCACCACGGAAUAUACAUUGGUGAAGGGAAGGUUAUUCACUUCACUCGCGGGGCAGGACGUGAAAUCGGCACGGGGACUGUGUUAGACCGCAUCAUUUUCAGCUCUUCUCCCUCUCCUCCUGUUGGCACACAAUGCCAGAUAUGUGGAGAUCAGUCGAGACUUGAUGGCGUCAUCUGUUCGUGCAUCGACUGCUUCCUUUCAGGUGGAGACCUCUACCUCUUUGAAUACGGCGUAUCCCCUGCUUUCUAUCUUGCUAAAGCUCGAGGAGGGACUUGCACCCUUGCCACAUCCGACCCCCCUGAAGAUGUGCUUCACCGUGCCUCUUUCCUCCUCCAGAAUGGCUUUGGAGGCUACAACCUUUUCAAGAACAACUGUGAGGACUUCGCUGUCUACUGUAAAACGGGUUUGCUUGUGGUGACGGCAAUUAGCGUUGGCCGAAGUGGGCAAGCGGCAGCUUUUCUGGCUGCUACAAAUGCUGUCAUGUCCUCUCCUCUUAGAUUCUUGACGACCAGUUUUAGUGGUCUGGCAGCUGUGAGUUAUAGCAUGUAUUGCGUCGGUCGUUUGGUCUCUGACAUUGGGGUUCGCCGUGAUGUGGCUAAAUUACCUGUCGAAAGACUUGUGGAUCAAUAUGAUUUGCAUGACCCCCAAGCUGCUGUGGAUAGUCCUACUCCCAGUUGUAUUGCCGCUGCCAAGAAUGACUAGAGACUGCACGCUGCAAUUUGCCGGUAGUCUCCACCAGAACUUUGAUGAUUGUUGAGAUGUAAACACCGUGCAAGAUGUACUUUUUAGCCCUUUGUUGGAUGUCGCUUCUGCAUAUUAUUCCCGGUAGAAGUUUUAAAUACUAUUCAAACUGCAGCAUCGUCGGAUUUGGCAUCAGAGGUCCUAGAAAUGUUUGGUGUAGUCUUGUAGCUUACUGCAUCUUAUUGAGCAUUUGCUUUCAACAGGAUAUUACCUGUUGAUUGUCACCAUCUCUGUAUAGAACUGAAGUCGCAAGAGAAAGUGGUUCUACUGUUCUCU